ACGGCGCAUGCGCUGCGGCUUUGGGCGCGAAGUCUAAGGCGGAGCUGGUUCUCUCAGGCCGGGACGUCGGGCCCGCGAGGUCGUGAGGUUUCUGUAUCCUUUCUUCACCUGAUACAACUUUGCCCACCGUCUUGUACAACAGUGUAUUCUGGAGCAACCUGCCUAGUAAAGGAUCUCCAUCCUGCAAAGGGCCAAGCUCUAAAGAUGCUGCCGAUGACAGAGGUUUUGGAUAUCUUGAGGAAUCCCCAGCUCUUUCAUCUACAUGAUCAAGAAGAGAAUCCAGAAACCAUCCCCAUAAGGAACCCAGGGGUUCUGAAAGUUUCUCACGAAAAGUUUAGGCAUUUUCAGUACCUGUCAAUGACCGGACCUCACCAAGCUGUGAACCAAAUCCAGGAGCUCUGCUGGCAAUGGCUGCAGCCAGAGACCCACACCAAGGAGGAGAUGAUGGAGCAACUGGUGCUGGAGCAGUUUCUGAACACCCUGCCAGAGGAGGUUCAGACAUGGGUGAGGUCGAAACAGCCCAAGAACAGCAAGGAGGCAGGAACUCUGGUGGCCAACUUGAUCCAAGCGUAUGAGGAGAAAGGUUUUCUCGCUCAGGACUCUGUCCUUGCAGAAAAGAACACCGAAGAAGACCAAAAGGACACAAAGAUGUUUGACAGUCUGCCAUCUGCUGGAUCUCCUUGUCCAUGUCAAGAAUCCCAAGUGGAGAUGCCCACAGGAGCUGCUGAGGAGUUGGUGACUUUCGAGGAUGUGGUUGUGGACUUCAGCCCAGAAGAAUUAAGCUGCCUUACUGCUGCUCAGAGGAACCUCUAUCGGGAGGUGAUGCUGGAGAAUUACAGGAACCUGGUCUCCCUGGGGUACCAGUUCCCUAAACCCGACCUUAUCUCACGGCUGGAAGAGGAAGAGUCACGUGUGAUGGAGGAAGACAGCAACACAAUAUGUCAAGAUUGGGAGAAAAAACUGGAAACCAAAGAUGUAACUCCAGAGCAAAGCCUGCCCGUACAAAAGUCAUCCUUGGGGGCAGGAACGGAGGGUUUGGAGGUAGGUAACUUCUGGCCUGUCUAUGUAGGAGAGUCUUCUCCUGAUGAUCCAUCAGAAUCACACCAGGUCAACCAGGAGAAAUUUUUGAGUCCUUUAACAGUGAGUGACCCCAAGACCCUCACUCAGGAAAGAAGCCAUGGCAGUGAUGAAUUUGAGAGAAGUUCAAAUCCUACUAAACAGUCAGAGGCUCCUCUAGGAAAGGAUCCCCAGGAAUGUGCUACUCCUAGAAUUUACACCAGUUCCCAGCCAGUGGACAAUAAGCCUUUCCUCCAAGACAACAAAUACCACAGAUGUGAAUUUUGUGAAAGAACCUUUAGUACCAAAACAGCCCGUGAGAUACAUGAGCGGAUCCAUACUGGGAAGAAACCGUUUGAAUGUAAACAGUGUGGAGAAGCCUUCUACCUCAUACCACACCUCACCAGACACCAGAGGACUCAUCCUAGUGAGAAGCCCUCUGGAUGCAAUGAAGGUGGAAAGUCUUUCAUUCAGCGUGCAAAUAUCUGUGGCCGUGUAAGAAUUCAUAGGCAGAAGGAGUACUAUGAAUGUUUUCAGUGUGGCAAAGCCUUUCUCCAGCAUGUGCAUCUUUUUCAACAUGUCAAAGCCCAUGAGGCAGCAAAAGCCCUUCCACCUGAGUUGCCCCACAACAAGACAUAUUUAAUUCGCUAUCAGCGGAAACAUGACUAUGUUGGAGAAAGAGCCUGUCAGUGUUGUGACUGUGGCAAAGCCUUCAGUCAGAGUUCACAUCUCAUUCAACACUAUCGAAUUCAUGCUCAAGAGAGGCCUUACCAGUGUCAGCUGUGUGGGAAGUGUUUCAGCCUACCUUCAUACCUCACUCAACAUUAUCAACUCCAUUCUCAAGAGAAACCUGUCGAGCGCAAUUACUACUGAAAAACCUCCAGUAAGAGAACAUUCUCAACAUAUUUGGCUUCAUCCUGGAGAGAGACCCUCUGAGAGCUAUGAAUAUGAGAAAGCCAUCCACCAGCCCUCACACCUCAUUAACGACUUGAAAAUUCAUCAUAGUGUGGUCAAAAACAGUGAAUAGUUGCAAGAGUGUAGAACAGUUUUUUGCAAAGGGAGAUUCAACACGCGUCAGCAGUCACACAGGCCAAAAAGCCUUACAAAGAGUAUUUUUGUUGCAUAGGAAAGAAGCUGAUAGAUUUUUCUCUCCUUUGGUGGUAUUUGCAGAAUGGAGAACCUUGAUUUUGACAUCCCGACAACACACCUGUAACUGGCUGUUGGGCUCCAGAGUGGCAAUCUAUUGCCUGGGUUUUUAUGGAAAUGUUUACAUGAAAUAUUUUCACCACAAGAGAUGUAUCAGCACAGGGCAUGGUAAAAAGAUUUUCCAGGUGUGCCUAUAUCGAUUCAUCCACAAAGCUGAUAUAAUUGGUAAUAUAUUUACAUCGUACCUCAUAGUUUACAAAACAUUGCCAUGUAUGUUCUCUUAUUUAAUCCUUAAGGAAUGCUGCAGUGUACUAGUGAGGCUAUUUAUUCCGUUUUUACAGAGAAGGCAAAUUUGAAACUCUAAGUUGUCAGUUGAUUUAUCUAAGGUUGUAAGUGAUGGAGCAGGAACUGAACCCACUUUUUUAAAUUCCUGCCAUGCCAUAUGCUCACUGAAGAAAAGCUACAGCCCUAUACCUACUGCAGCCAUCUUCCUCGUUAGUAAUCCUGGCAGUGUUUCAUGUUAAGUCAGAUGAGGACACUUGUAGUAUCAGGGGUUCAGAAAGCUUUCUUAAAGAGCGUGAAGUUCUGAUAGGCAUUUCUCUUGCGAUUUAAGAUUAGACGGUGACUUUUUGAGACACUAAUUCAGGGAAGUAUGUUUUUGCUAAACACUUUCUUGUAAUUGUUCUUGUAGAUUGUAAAGCCAUUACUGAUCGAGUAGAGGAGUAUUUUUUGUAGUUGUUUGAGGGGUUGGGGUUUCUUAUUUUCCUUUUUCCCUCCUUUUAAAAAACCCCGUUUGAAAGCAGUAUUUCUGCUUUCUUAGGUUCUGGCCUCAUCAGCACAGCAAACUUUACCCCAAAUCCUAAUCUGUGCUGAGCAUAUUUCACUUUUUUUGGUGGGGGUGGUGAGGAAGAUUGCUCUGAGCUAACAUCUGUAGCCAGUCUUCCUCUUUUUGUUUGAGGAAGAUUGUCGCUGAGCUAACAUUUGUGCCUAUCUUCCUCUGUUUUGUGUGUGGGACGGCGCUACAGCAUGGCUUGAUGAACAAUGUGUAGGUCUUCGCCUGGGCUCCGAACUCGCGAACCCUGGGCUGCAAAAGCAGAGUUCCCGAACUUAACCACUGUGCCACCAGGCUGGCUCCCAUACUUUACUUUUUAAAGGGAUCAGCCCUGAAUUGCACUAUAACUCUCUUUCAUACCAUAUUGCUAUAAUGCUAAAAGUUUUCCAUCACUGACUUGAAUGGUGGUCAAAUACAAAGACGUGGUAACAGGUUGGACCUGGAGUCUCAGAACCUGAUUCCUCUUCUGGAAGGGUGGGUUGUUGCUAUUGUCAUUCACUGCUCUACUUUUUCUCAUCCAGUCACUUUUGAAGUUGAUCUCUGAUGUGUGGCUCCAAAGUCAUGAAAUGCAAAACAAACAUGACUGGUCAGAACCUACACCAGCCAAAUGAGUGCCACUACACAACCCCUCCUCUUCAUUUCAAAGUUCUUGAGGAAACAGUCCUCAUUGGCUGGCCCUAUUUUCUCACCACAGUCUACUCUCCAACCCACCGUAAAGUGGUUUCUGAUCCUGCCACCACUACCACAAGGGGACAUGAUGACAAUAGGUCUUAAUGUUGGUGAUGUUAAUUAAUGUUGAUGCCUUGAUUUAAAGUGGUAUCUGCUGGAUUUUUCUACUAUAAAGCUACUAUUUAUUUCUUUUUGUAAUUAAUAAAUAUCUUGCAGGAGAAACUUUGAGACCAUGCAAAUAUCCAGUUUCUCCUCAGACUUACCCACUAAAUUCUGGCAUCCAGCCAAGAGGAUCUUGCCUACAGCCUUUAUUACUCUGUGGUAUUGUAAUGGCAAUGUUUCAUUUCCCUCAUUCCUUCUACAUUUAUAGAAUUCUCCUGUGAGGAAGAGUUAUCUAUUUAUUUAUUCAGUAAUUUAUAUCAGUAUGGAUUCAUGGAUAUUUAUUUUAUUCCAUGGAGUAUAGUUCAUACUGACAUUAUUUAUUUUGUUGUUCACAUUGUUCCACUUCUGGCCAUUGGCUCAAGUUGGCUCCUGUGCCUUUUCAACAAGCUUUCAUCCUUUUCUGAAAACUUAUAAUUUCCUAUGCCCUCCUUUAUUUCUCUCCCUUCACACCUAGGAACCCUUGUCAUGCGUUUAUGAUGGUUUCUCCCUCAUCACUGUCUCAUGAAAUCUGCUUCUUUCCCCAGGGUCAUAGGUUAACUCAGGCCCUUAUCGAUCUCAGUCAUUUCAUUUCUCUCUUCACCCUUUUUGCUAAAUCUACCUUCUAUCUGGAUUGUUAUUUACCUGAUACAUUUUCUUUCAAUUGUCUCAUCUCUAUUUUUUUAAACUUCAAUACAUCUUUCUAAAUCACCUCAAAGGGUUUUACCCAGGCCGUAAUCAGGUUUCCCUGAUCAGCUUCAAGAUGUCCUUUUACAGUUGGCUUAUUUCAAUCUAGAUCCAAACAUAGUCCGCAGGUUGCAUUUGGUUGUCUGAUCUCUUGAGUCUCUCUUAAUCUAAAGCAGUCUCCUCUCACCUUUUUUAAGGCCUUGUGUGACCCGAGGAUAAUGUAGAAAUACACUUCCUCCUUCCCCUGCCCAAUUCCUAAUAUGUCUAAGAGUUAUGGUACUACUCGUACAUUAAGGUUUAAUUUUUUUAAAUUUAGGAGCAUCCAUUUUUAAAAACAAUUAUUUUUAAUUGUGGUAAAAAACAUAUAACAUAAAAUUUACCGUCUCAAACAUUUUUAAGUGUAUAGUCCAAUAGUUUAGUGUAGUCACAUUCUUGUGCAACAGAUUCCCUAGGACUUUUUCAUCUUGCAAAACUAAAACUCUAUACCCAUUAAACAGUAACUCCCCAUUGCCUCCUCCUCCUAGCCCUGGCAGCUAUCAUUCUUGCACUCAUUUUUCUUUUUAAAGCUUUGUGUGAUUAUGCAAGUAAUACUGGAAGAAACUGGAUCAGUUGUUGUAUGGAAUCGCCCCCAUUCUGAAUAUAUCUGCUUCUUUCCUGUGGUAUCCUUAAGCUUAUUCCUCUCUCCUCUGUAUUUUCUAUAAAUGAAAGUUAGCUCUAAACUCUGGAGACUUAAUAAUUAGAUUCAGCUUCAACUUCCCUGCAAGAACAGCUCAUUGAUGGUUUUGUGUGGUUUAUAUCAUAACCCGUCAGGGCACAGUGUUGGCCCUUCCCAAAGGCCCAGCCUUUUAAAGUCAUUCUCCAAGCCACUGCACCAGUCACAGGCAGUGAGGUUUCAGUUUUCACCGUCACUGGAUUCUUCCUGGGCCAGCUGCUUUAGCUCCUUCUUCAUUACCUCUUGUAGACUUUUCUCUACAUGGCCCCCUCCAUCACUCCACCCUGGUUUUCAGACACUUGAAUUAGGAGGUGGCAGAGACUCCUUGAGGGGUUUGGGUGUGGGCUUUUUGUUGAGGACCCUGGGCUGGGGCUUCAGGCAUCUUGAGGAGCCUUAACUAGAGAAAGUCAGGGAGGAUCAGACUAGACUUUGUUCUGAUGCUUCUUUUGUGCCACAAAUGGCAGUGGUGACAACGUGGAUAGUUAACUUGUCACCCGUAGACUAUCUGGAACAUAUAGAAGAUGCACAAGCUGCUGCCUCCGUAUUUUACAAGCUACACUUGAGCUGACGGCACUGGCGGUACUUCAGCCUGUUAGUUUGGCUUUCAGCUUGCUGCGUUUCUUGCUGCUAGCUUGGUGGGCUCCAAGGAGAAUGCUUUUCUGCUUCCUGCUCCCCCCCCCCCACCCAGUUCCUAACACAUCUGACAGAUUGGAUACUGCUCUUAUAUUCAGGUUCCUUCUUUUUUAAAUUUAGAAACCUUCAUGUUUUAAGCUUUCUUUUUUGUGAUUAUGUAAGUAAUACAUAUUCCUUGAAGAAGAUUAGAAAAUAACGUUUGUUUUUUCUUUGAAUAUUUGUAUUUCUCUCUCCCAGAUACACUUGUUGCUAAAAGGGUUAAAAUUGUCCAGGCAUUUUUCUUCCUAUGCAUAGAUCUAUAUAAAUUUAGAAAAAAAUGAUACAUUUUUAUGAAAUAGAAUCAUCCCACUAACACUGUUUAGAAGGCUGUAGUUUUGAUUCUGAUGUAUCAUGAACAUCUUGCCAUAUCCAUAAAUGCACCCCGCAAUUUUCGUCCUUCAGGACUGCCUAGUACUUGGUUGCAUAGCUAUGUCCUCAUUUAUUUCACUAGCCGCCUAGGGCUGGAAACGGGGUCUCUUGUAAUUUCUCUCUUGCAUGUGCGUUGCUGCUGCAGUCGUGCUUCCUCGUUAUCUCUUGGGUCUCAGCAUUUCCGUUACCGGUUCGCUCCGAUGUCUUUGCAUACGGUCACGUUUCCUAAGGGGAGAUUCCCAGCAGUCAAAUUUCUGGGUCAAGAGGUAUGUGUAUCUUGAAGGCUUUCGAAACACCCCCGGCCUCAUCCCCACAUGGUCUAAAAGUCAUGCUUAUUUUUUCUCUAGAGUACAACUAAACUACUCAACUCUCCCCCACACCUUGAAGAACUGGCUCUGAUAACCCAUCUUAGGAAGUAAAAGGUCUGAAGUCAGGCCUGGAAAGAGCCACAGAUGGAGUAGUUUGUUAGAACCCUAAUUUUAACGUAGUUUUAUUAGGUUUAUUUUCCUCACGAAACAAAUAAUACUAUGCAUAUUAAAGAAAACUUUGGAAAGCAAAGGAGGCUAGUAAACUUCCUAAUAGUCCUAGACACUCGAUGAGUACAGGCCCAGGAUUGUAGUUAUGUUUGUGGGUAGACGAGCCCCUUGACAGAAAAGGGAGAGUGUGGGCUUUGGAGCCAGGCCAAAUCUCAGCCCCUCCUUAGAAGCUGAGUAAACCUUGUUUUCUUAGGAACUGUGCUAACAGGGCCUCCUCCUGGAACUGUUGAGAGGCCUGGAGCUCAUCUGUGAAAGAACCCAACAGCGCCUUGUACGGUAGGACUCAGGAACCAGCUGCUCUUAUGGAAUAUUUUGUUUUCAUAUAUUUUUCCUUUACUUUUUAAAGUUUUCUUAGUGACAGUUAUUAAACUUCAGAAUUGUAAACCAGAGUUACACAUCAGAAUACAACCACGUUUUGUCAUACUUUAGUAUUCUCUGUACAGAUAAGUUUUUCUAUGUGUAUGGGUUUUUCACAUAUGUGUCACAAAUUUGAAGUUUCUCUUUUUCUCACUUAUUUUGUAAUGACAAUUUUUAAAUAAAUAUUUGAUUAACAAAGCAUAAGGUAUUGUUAGUUGUUUUCUUAAGAUAAAUCUCCAAAAAGUGGUAUUACUAGAUCAGAUGUGAUAAACAUUUCCAUGGCUCUUGAAAGAUCCCACUGCCUUUGUUUCUGGAGGGGCCAUGCCGUUUGCAGCCCCCAGCAAAGGGAGGGCCAGGGGCGUGAAAUAGGUGGCAACCUGUCCUCCCACCUCAGUCAGUGACAGGUUUUGCUAAUCACUUAGGCUCUCUCUGGGUCCAGUGCACCUGACGACAGGCUCAGAAUCUUUCUCAGCACGGCACUCAAGGCAUACCAGACAAGCUGAGCCAAGUUUGUAUAUGCAAAGAAAUGUCUUUGCUACCCCUGGUAUAAAUAAACAUUUGGACAACUGUACCAGCAUUGGAUGUUUAUCAUUCAAGACAAACCAACAAAAAGUUUGCCUAUUUGAUAAGCCCAGUGAUCUUUGCUUACUAAUGGAUUUCCUCCCACAUGCUUUUAAACUUCUUUGUGUACAAUCUAGGCCUUUUACCUCUUUAGCUGUUGUGUCUUCAUGCUUGUUCUAUUGACAUGAACUGACUUUCCUUUUUUUAAAGUAUGCAUUUCUGAAAGAUUAAUGUUUUUCAUUUUAAAGUAAUGGCUUAUUAAAGACAGUUUCUUUCAUUUGUUUUAUCGAAAGGUAUAAGAUCUCUCUCUCCCUCUGUCUGUACCCCCCUCCCAAUAUACCACAAACACCAUUAACAUUUUGGUUUAUUUUCUUAUAAUUUAAAAUUAUUGCCAGAUUUACGAAAAUGGUUGCCUCUGGAGAGUAGUGGGAAAAAGGUCUACUUUUCCUGGUACCUCUGUGCGUUUUCACCAAUGUAACUAUAUUACUUACUUAAAGGUGUUCAUAGGUAGUUUUCAUAUAGCUGUGAUCAUUCCACACGUGCAACAGCAUAUCUUAUUUUUCCAUCCAGUCUUACACUUACACACUGCUCUGGCCCCCUCGUCUGUCCUUAGUAUACUCAGAGCUUUGUAUGUGUGGCCCUCUCUCUUUGAAUGUUUUACUUCUGAUUCUUCAUAAUUGUAAAUGAUACUUAAUGAACAUUUUGGUGCUUAAAUGUUUUUCCAAAUUUAGAAUUCUUUUCCUUAAGAUAGACUUAGCCAAAGGAGAAUCACUGGGUCACAAGGGGUAUAACUGUUUUAAGGUUCUUGAUACAUACAUCCAAGCUCCUUUGAAAAUGUUACACCACUUUGCUCUGCUGCCGGUAAAACAUGCUGCUCUGUGUUCUACAUGUCCUCACUGGCAUCAUGUAUUGAGAGCAUUUUUCAUCUUUAAUUUUAAUUUAAUAGGGGAAAGGGCAUCUAAUUUUACUUGUAUUAAUUUGACUUUUAAGGAGGUUAACAUUUUCCUCUAAGCUUGUUAAGCAAUUAUAUUUCCUUUUUGUGUUGUCUAUGUGGCUUUAAUAUUUUCCUGUCCAUUUGAACAAUCUCUUUAUAUAAUACAGAUAUUAGUUUUUUGUCUUCAUUUUGGCCAUAAAUGUUUUUCCCAGUUUGUUUGGCAUUUUCUUUGAAUUAUUUUUUUGACAAGCUUUCACUUUUAUAUAGCUCAAUUCUUCUGUUUUCCUUCCCAAGCCUACAAAAUCUAACCUUCUCUAAACAAUAGUUUUAUUCUGCAGUUUUCAUUAUUUUAUUUUUUUAAUAUGCUUUAACCAUUCUUGAAUUUACUUUGGUGUGUGUGAAGAGAGGAUCAAGAUUUCCCCCAUUGUUAAUUGCCCCAACAUGAAUUAUCAGUAAAUGAUUCAUAGUCAUAAUAUAUUAUAAAUAUAUUAGUGUAGGAUCUCUAUCUGGACCAUUUACUUUGUUUCACUGGCUUGUUGCCCUAUUUUAUUGGAGCUAUGUUCGUUUAAAAUUUUUAUAGCUUUAUAUUUAAUGAGUUUUCCAUCAUUGUACCUUAAAAAAGCAUAUGUGUAUGUAUAUUUAUAUGAAAAAAUGUAUAAUUUUGUUAUUCCAGAUGAAAAUUUAUCAGCUAAAAACAGCCUUUUGAUGAUUAUUGAUGUGAACUUAUAAAUGAAUUAGGCAGAAUUAACAUUGUUACACUUAAUCUUAGCAUCUAGGAAUAUGAUAUUGUCCUUUCAUGUAUUCAAGCUUUUUUUUAUCAAUCAGUAAAGUUAUAAUUUCUUCUCAUAAGCACAAGUUUUCCUGAGUUAUUCCUACAUAUUGUUGCACUUGUGGGUUUUCUUGUAUAGGGUUUUUCUUUUUUUUGUUGUAUUUCUCAUGAAAAGCCAGCAUCCCAGAGAUGGGGUCACUUCAAUAUUGUCUCACUGCAUGCAUUCAAGCCAGCCAAACCCCAGGCUUCUAUAACCAGUUGGGGGCAACAGAUGAUCUUGAAAUGUUGAUGAAAGCCGGGGACUUUCUCUCCAGGAAAAUGCAGAGAAACUUAGCAGUCCGGGUGGGUACGUGUGCAACACGCAUGUGCA